AUGUCUCAACAUAUUUAUGGCAUCUUCGACUACCAUCGUCUUCAUCAGCAAUUCCUUCACACUAUCGCCUACGAUGCUCUCGUUUGGACCUCUCUCCACGGCCUCCUUGUUGGUGACAAAUCCGUUCAGAGAUCGGGAAGCGUUCCUGGCGUGGGAUUGGUGCAUGCCCCAGUUGCCUUGUUUCCCACGCCAUUUCCGGAAAACCACUGGAGAGAAGCCUGUGAGUUAGCCCCUAUAUUCAAUGAACUCGUUGAUCGGGUCAGUUUGGAUGCAACGUUUCUCCACGACUCUCUCUCCAGAACCAAGAAAGCGGAUGAAUUCACCUCUAGACUUUUGGAUAUUCAUUCCAUGAUGAUACAGAUUAACAAAAAAGAGGAAAUACGAUUGGGGUUACAUCGUUCAGAUUAUAUGCUUGAUGAAAAGACUAAAUCACUUUUGCAAGUAGAACUGAACACUAUUGCCUCUUCAUUUGCGAGUCUUAGUAAUCUUGUAACUGAACUUCAUAGAUACAUACUUUCUUGCCAUGGAAAAUUGCUUGAACUAGAUUCCAAAAGGAUUCCUGCCAACGAUGCUGUCAAUCAGUAUGCAGAUGCCUUGGCUAAAGCUUGGAGUGAGUAUAAUAACCCCAGGGCUGUGAUUAUGAUUGUGGUUCAGGCUGAAGAACGAAACAUGUACGACCAGCAUUUUGUUUCUGCAGUUCUAAGAGAAAGGCAUAAUAUUACAACUAUACGGAAAACAUUGACAGAAGUUGAUCAAGAAGGAGAAAUUCUACCAGAUGGAACACUUUCUGUGGAUGGAGAAGCAAUUUCAGUCAUUUAUUUCCGAGCAGGCUAUACACCAGACGACUAUCCUUCAGAAUCAGAAUGGAGAGCUAGGCUACUGAUGGAACAAUCUUCUGCUGUCAAAUGCCCUUCAAUAUCCUAUCAUUUGGUUGGCACCAAAAAGAUUCAACAGGAACUUGCAAAGCCUGGUGUUCUUGAAAGGUUCCUUGAUAACAAAGAUGACAUUGCCAAACUGCGUAAAUGCUUUGCUGGGUUGUGGAGUUUGGAUGACUCAAAUAUUGUUAGAAAAGCAAUUGAAAGGCCCGAGUUAUUUGUGAUGAAGCCCCAAAGAGAAGGAGGAGGAAACAAUAUUUAUGGUGAUGAUGUGAGGGAAACCCUCCUAAAGUUGCAGAAAGCAGAUUCUCAAGAAGAUGCAGCUUAUAUCCUUAUGCAGAGGAUAUUUCCAUCUAUUUCUGCAACAGUUCUGUUGCGUAACGGUUGUUGGCAUAAGGAUCAUGCCAUUUCAGAACUUGGGAUAUUUGGUACUUAUUUAAGGAAUAAGAAUAAGGUUAUCAUGAACGAACAAAGUGGUUAUUUGAUGCGUACAAAAGUAUCAUCAUCUGACGAAGGUGGGGUUGCAGCUGGUUUUGCAGUGCUAGAUAGUGUAUACUUGACUUGACGAAGCCAACACCUUAGGUUAUCAGGGUAAAUUCAAAACACUGCAUAAGUGAUGAUUUACAUAUUAUUGAUACUUCAUUUAAGUUUUUUCAGCAAGGAAAUGGUUUGAGUAUGGAAUUUUCCAUGACCGAAGGUCCAUCUUCAAUCCAGUUGAGCUCAUAUUAUUAGGCAAGCGGCAGCAAGGAACAUUAGCAUGAUCAAAUGCACUUGUAGCUAAAAUGCUAGCAACAUGCUUUUUUAACAUACUUUUUCUGUUGUUGGGGGAAACUUCUCAUGUUGAUUUUAAUAACCUGGGUCAAUUCUUUAUUAGUGGGACCAGUAUUAAAUUCAUCCAUCAAUAAAAAAAAAGGCAGUAUUGAUCA